AAUUAUUAUUUUUUUUAUUUUAUAUUAGAAAAAAAUUCCGCCUCCCUCUCUUUCGCGCGUUCUCUUCUAUCUGCUCGGGCUUCCUCAGCGACGGCGACAGUCCUCCACGCGCAGCCACGACGACGACAGCGAAGGCGGCGUGGCCCUCACCGGCGUCAUCCUCCUUCUCCCCCUCUUCCUUUCUUCUCCCUCUCCGUUUUCCCUCUCUCUUUUUCUUUCUUUCAUUCUCAGCGGUGUGUGUUAGUAGAGGGUUAGGGUUUGGUUUGGAAAAAAGAGGAGUAAGAAUAUUGUAGGGAGUUUACAGAUAUCACCACCACACACUGCAAUUAUAUUUCAUAGUAAGGACACUGCAAACUGCGUACACUUACCUGUGCUUGAGAAAACCAGAGAUUUGAGUGCAUUGCAAUCUACCUACAAGCACUUCCCGAGUCACUUUUCUUUCUUUCUUUUCUUGUGAUCUCAUCAUCUCCUGAACUUGAGCCUCAAUCAUGGCUGCAAAACUUGAGGGCAGAGCUUAUCUGUUUUGCUUUGUUGAUGCUGUUUUGAACAAGCUGUCUUCACUCGAUGUCAACUCAACCCCAACAGCAAAGAAGUUAGCUGACCAGAAGUUGCUUCAAAGGCUGAGGAACAGUCUCCGUGCCACUCGACUUGUACUUGAUGAUGCAGAGCAGAAGCAGAUCAGAGACCAAGAAGUCAAUAAAUGGCUUGUGGAUCUCCAGGAUGCUCUCUAUCUGGCUGAUGACUUGAUGGAUGAACUCUCCACUAAAGCUGCCGCUGCCACUCCAACUCAAAGGGAUCCAGGUAACUCAUCUUACCAUUAUCACUAUGCUGUUGAUUCUGUGGUGGAAUAUAGUGAUGGUGAUGAGAUAAGGAUAGUAGAGAGCAUGCAAGACAUAGUCGAUAAAUUAGAGGCUAGUGUUGAAGAGAAAGAUUAUCUUGGUCUAAAACAAGGGGUUGCCAAAGAUAUGGAAGACAUGUCAUGGAGAAUUCAAUCGUCUCUGGUUGAAUGUUCCGAUAUCUAUGGCAGGAAUGAUGAUAAGGAGGCCAUCUUAAAAUUGUUGUUAGACAACACUUGCGAUGAUAAGUUGUCUGUGAUCUCUAUAGAAGGUAUAGGUGGAAUUGGAAAGACUACUUUGGCCCAGUUGGUUUACAACGAUGCCAGAGUGAAGGAGAAGUUUGCCAUUAAAGCAUGGGUGUGUGUUGCAACAAAAUUUGACCUUGUUAAUAUUACCAAGGCUAUAAUGGAAGACAUAACCUCUUCUCCUUGUAAUAUAGUUAACUUGAAUUCAAUUCAAACAGAACUGAAGGAAAAGUUAACAGAAAAGACAUUCUUAGUAGUUUUAGAUGAUGUUUGGGAUAAUCAACAAAAUUUGUGGGACAAUUUUCUAAAACCUUUUUUGAGUGGGAAUAAAGGAAGUAAAAUUCUUUUAACUACUCGUAAUAAAAAUGUUGAUUCUGUAAUGUCAACUACGAAUCUACAUUACAAAUUAGAUAUAUUGUCUCCCAAUGAUUGUUGGUCAAUAUUUUUGAAACAUUCGUUCCUUUCUACUAAUUCUAGACAAUAUGUAAUCCUAGAACAAAUUGGUAAAAAAAUUGUUAAAAAGUGUAAGGGAUUACCUUUGGCUGUGAAGACACUUGGGGGUUUAUUGCGCAAUAAGGAUAAUGAAGAAGAUUGGGAGAAUAUACUGGAAAGUGAAAUUUGGAAGCUUUCAGAAGAUGAGAGUAAGAUUGUUCCUGCAUUAAGAGUUAGUUAUCACUAUCUUCCUUCACAUUUAAAGCGGUGCUUUGUUUAUUGCUCAUUAUAUCCUGAGGAUUAUCAAUUUGACAAAGAGAAAUUAAUCUUGUUGUGGAUGGCUGAGGAUUUCGUACAACCAAUAGAAAAUUACACAUUAGAAAAUAUUAGUCGUGCAUAUUUUGAUGAAUUGGUUGCAAGGUCAUUUUUUCAGCCUUCUAGUAAAAAUGUUAGCUUAUUUGUGAUGCAUGAUCUCAUGCAUGAUUUAGCAACAUAUUUUGCUGGAAAGUUCUAUUUCAGUGUCAGAAGAUUUGGAGACCCAGAAAAAAUUUGCAGCAAAACGCGUCAUUUGUCAUAUAUGGUAAAUCAUCAUGAUGGAAUCUUAAGACUUGGAGAGGCUUAAAAGGGAGCAAUACAUAUGAGAACAUUUCUAGAUGUACGUUUGCUUUAUUGGGAAAGAUCAAUUAAUUUAGAAAGUGAUUCUUGGCGCUUACAAUUAUUAGAAUUGAGGUGUUUAAGAGCGUUGUCAUUUAAAUGUUUUUCUAUUGAGUCAUUGCCGGAUUCAAUAGAUAAACUGAUCCAUUUGCGUUAUUUGGAUCUCUCUCACACACCUAUUUUGACAUUGCCUGAGUCAUUGUGUUAAUUAUACAAUCUCCAAACAUUGAAGUUGAGUUAUUGUGAGAAGCUGGAGGUGCUUCCUUGCCGUAUGCAAAAUCUAGUGAACCUGCGCCAUCUUGAUAUCACAGGAACUUAUUCUUUAAAAGAGAUGCCAAAAGGAAUGAGCAAGUUAAAGCAUCUGAACUUCUUAAGUGAUUAUAUUGUGGGAAAGCAUGAGGAGAACGGGAUAAGAGACUUGGGAGCACUUGACAAUCUUCAUGGCUUACUUCGCAUCGCCAAAUUAGAGAAUGUGAACAACAGCCGUGAAGCUUUGGAGGCGAAGAUGGAUAACAAGAAGCACAUCAACAUUUUAGAAUUGAUAUGGCCUACAGAAGGCGAUAUUGUUGAUGUUGAAACUGCAAGAGAUAUACUUGAGGAGUUACAACCUCACCGAAACUUGAAAGAGUUAACAAGUAUUGGUUAUGGGGGUGAAAUAUUCCCCGAUUGGUUAGGCUUUUCUUGCUACUCCAAUAUAACCAAAUUGAGAAUGAAUGGUUGUAAGAAUUGCCGUCAGGUUCCUUCACUGGGACAGUUACCCUUUCUGCAGCAUCUGGAGAUACUAAGAUUUGACGGGUUGGAGAGAAUUGGUAGUGAGUUUUACAACAACGAUGAAUCAUCUCAUCAGGGGACACCCUUCAGAUCUCUUCAACGUCUGACAUUUUUUGGAAUGCCUCGCUGGCGAGAGUGGCAUAUUCCUGAUGACUUUGAUGGAUUUCCCAAACUUAGAAGGCUUUCAAUAGAACGAUGUCCGGUGCUAAGUGGAGACCUGCCAGCUCACCUUCCGGCUCUGGAGAUCCUGUGUAUAGGGGAAUGCCCAGAAAUGGACUGUUUGGAUUGUUUUGGAGAGGAAUGCCUCCCGCGGAGCUUGACAACUCUUUGGAUCAAUAAUUGCCAGAAACUAGAGAGGUGGAUAACAUCGAAGGGCCUUUUCAAAUCUGGAGACGCUAGACUGCAAGGGACUUCACCAACUCACCUCCCUCCAAAAAUUAACGAUUGAAAAGUGUCCAAAGCUGGAGAAUAUCACACACGAAUACCUGCCUGCCUCCAUAUCAAAACUCAUCAUCCUGGGACAAUGUCCUUUGAGGACCAAGCUGGAAGAGAUGAACGACCCACGGAUUCAAUUUGAGAUGGGAAAGAAUCAAGAGUCAAUAUUAAUACAUGACUGAGCCAAGUUGAGAAUUGGGGUGCACUGAUAUCAAAGAGUCUAAAAUUGCAAGAAAAUUCAUAGAUAUGGCAAUGCAAGCAUUCAAUGAAAACCAGUGCUUGUUUUAAAAGGCCUCCGGAUAUAUGUUGACUUCAUCUAUUUUAUAUGGAUAAUUGCAAUAGAAUUUCUCAUCUCUAGUUUAGAAGUCAUAACAUGCAAAACUUCAGUUCCCAUGCUGUAGUGCAAAAGUUAAAUUGAUUGAAUAUAUGUAUAUAAGCAAAUGUUCUAGCUCCAUUGCUUGAUGCUUUCAUCUUUUAUAGAACAAUGUUCUACUUGAUAAUCUGGCAGCAUUGUGCAGCACUAUGCUUCCUCUUAUAAUACAAAUCCAUUUUUGUUCUAUACAGGUUUCUCAUUACUCAGACCCGGAAAUUCAAUAUACAUUUCUUUUCUGGAAUUGCUAAAUCUAUGACUGGGACCGCCCUUCAUUCAAGCUUCAUGAUCAAACACCUCAGGUUCCCAAGUUUGUUUUUUUCUCUGACCGGCUUGGCUGCAUUCCACUGAAAGCCUCUUCCAUAGAGCACGGCCUACAAAGUUUUCUUUUGUUGAAGGAGGUUUGCUGCCUAACUUGAUGGAGCUUUGUAUUAGAGAAUGUGAGAAACUAAUUAACCCCCUAUUCUGCAUUAUAUAGUAAGUCAGGGUGUUAGUUUCUGUUUUAAGCUUCCUGUUUGAGUCUGUUUUGGAAUUCUUUCUUUAUAGGCUAGUUCUGUCCCUUAUACAAGGUUCCCCCUUUGUAUCUUGUGUGUAAUCAAUGAAUGAGGUUAUUCAGUUUCAUAUCAUUUCUCUCACAAAGUCUUGAAACUUUUUCUUUCUACACAUAUUUUGUUCUACCCUAAGUUAAUAAUUUUAGGCAUUUAUCAUCCUCUUAGUGUUUUUUGCUGCAAUUCAUAUGCUAAUUCUUAGAAUUCAUAGUGACAGGAGGCCAAUUGAAACAGAAGCAUCCAAACCACUACCCAAACUUUCUAAGGUUGAAUUCAGAAUGUUAAGACAAAAAAUAAAUAAAUAAAGGAUAAGAAAAAGUUGGUUGUCAA